AAGCCUAUCCAAUCUGAUCCGAGCCAAAGAGCGCAAUCCGAACGGAAAGUUGGCCAUCAUGGCGGAAAUCAUAGCCCAAUCCGUAUCUGAAGACUACUCAAGCCAGGCGUUGGUCGCGCACGACGGCGAAGUCGAGGUGCCCACCGUGUACGAGAUACGUUUCGCCGACGACCCGACCGAAAGCACACUACAGAGGAAAUGGUCGCCCGCCGUCACAGAGCAGUUCAUCCUACUUCGGCACGAGAAGCGGCGCUUCUUCAAUGGCAAGCGGAACACCACCAAGGCGUUGUACCAGCAAAUCCUGGAUGAAAUCGGCCUCGGAGGCGUCGUGACGGCCGACCAGGCGCGCAAGAAAUGGAACAACCUGAUGGCCAAGUACCGCAUUGAAAAAGCCGAGGUUGAAAAGAAAGCUCGUGACGGUGACCCUGUCCCGGAGGGCCUCAUCUGGCCUUACUUUAAGCUCAUGGACACGGUGAUGAAGGACAUCGACGGCACCCUGUCCGUGCUAAUGCCCGCGCCGCAGCCGCGAGUCCAGUACCUCCAGCAGCGCUACUCUAUCCCCAGCAUCCAGAGCACAGAAGACGGCGAGACACUGGUCGAGACAGAGGUGUACGAGCCCGUGGAAGGCGGUAUGACGGGAGCGCUGCAGUCGAUGCCUGUCCCCCUCGCGUCUCACCUCAACUCGGCCGCGCGGAAGCGCAUCCGCCGAGAGCUCACCUUUGAGGAGCGCCUCCUCAAGGCAGUUGAGGCAGGCAACGAGACGCUCGAGAAGGUCAGCCGCACCGUAGAGACCCAGGGGAAUGCUCUGCUGACCGUCUUGCAACGAUUGGCAGACGAAAUCUGCAAGACGUAGCACCUGUCUGCUGGCCUGCAAUCACCAUCCUGUGCCCCCGGCCGGCCAGCAGAAGAGAGAGAGAUAGCUGAUCUUUUCAUUUUUAAGAUGUAUUUUUUUUUCUAGGGCAUUAAGAUGUUCUUGUUAGUUCAGAGGAGUGCACAGAGAAAUCGUUACACCUCCAUUCUAUGCACACUUCAGAAGAAGCUUAUUGGCUCGAUCCACAUUAAAAGUGAUAUGCUUGGUUGCUCGAAUAGUUGUUUUUGGCUUGCCUGUUCUUGCAGCGAAGGUUGGCCAUUUUUAAUUGCACAACUGAACGAACACUAAUGUACUGAAAAGAAAAUUAUCAUUAGAACGCGAAAUUUCUUAGGCAAAAACAAUAUGCCACCGUGGCCACCUAGGCAGUUGGCUAACUUAAGUAAUGACCAAUAUGAACUUAUUGCAACUGUGCAAACAGUGUAAGUCAGCAGAAAACACUUAGUUGGUAUUUGACACAGUACUCUCCACUAUUGCAAUAAAAAUGAAUAAAAGAAA